UCGGCUCGGGCUCGGUUGCAGGCUUUUUUUUAAAUCUUGUUUUUUCUGCUUUCUCAUACUUUGUGCUUUGUGUUUAUGUUAUCAUUUAAUUUAUUUAUUGGCCUUAUUGGUUGAUUACUGUUCAGCAGCUUUGCCGCGUUUCAUCAUUUUCUCUCGAAGUUUCAACAGGCUUCAGAAUUUUUGGCUUAACUGCGCGCCACCUGUUCAAACCGAAUAGAUUCUCAUGGCAGUUUUUGAGGUCUAACAAGUUGAAGUUAACGUCUAAUUCUAUUAUCGCCAGUAUGAAACUCGACUAUCCCGUCCCUCGACGUGAUGAAACCGUCAAAGAAACCAAAUUUGGUGUCGAGAUUCCAAAUCCGUACUGUUGGAUGGAGGAUCCUGAUGCGGAGGAAACCAAAGCAUUUGUUGAUGCUCAGAAUGCUGUAACAGAGAAAUUCCUUGAGCAGUGUCCAGUGCGAUCCAAAAUUAAAGAACGUUUGACUAAUCUUUGGAAUUAUCCUAAGUUUUCUUGCCCUGCUAAGCAUGGAGAUAAAUACUUUUUCUACAAAAAUUCAGGACUUCAGAAUCAAAGUGUCCUUUAUGUACAAGACUCCUUGGACGGACAACCUCGAGAAUUCCUCGACCCAAAUACUUUAUCUGAUGAUGGAAAAGUUGCCCUCUCCGUCAAAAAGUUUUCUGAAGAUGGAAAAACUUUUGCAUAUGGGAUUAGUAAAUCAGGUUCUGAUUGGAGUUCAAUCCAAUUUAAGGAUGUAGAAACAGGCAAAGAUUAUCCAGAAGUUUUAGAGAAGGUAAAAUUUACUUCAAUCGCAUGGACUCAUGACAACAAAGGAGUAUUUUAUGGGAGAUAUCCAGAUCAAGAAGGUCGAGUUGACGGAACUGAAACCUCUGCAGACUCACAGCAAAAAUUGUACUAUCAUCGCUUGAACACUCCCCAGUCAGAAGAUAUCAUGGUUGUUGUCUUCCCUGAAGAGCCUAAGUAUUUAAUAGGUGCAGAAGUAAGCGACUGUGGACGGUGGUUGAUCAUUACGCCGAAAAAAGGUUGUCAAGACAAUCUUAUGUACUACUAUGAUCUUCAUACUCUUCCAGAUGGGAAGAUUAGCGGGCAGUUAAAAUUGAGUCCUAUAAUUGAAAAACUUGAAUGUGAUUAUGAUUAUAUAACAAAUAUCGGAGAGGAUUUAAUAAUUAGGACAAACAAAAACGCACCUAACUAUCAAUUAAUAAAAAUUAACCUUAAAAAACCUGCACCGGAGAACUGGCAAAUUGUAGUAGCUGAAAAUGAUCAUGAUGUCUUGGAUUGGGCAACCUGUGCUGCAGACAACAAAUUGGUCCUGUGUUACGUUCAAGAUGUCAAGAGUGUGUUAAAAGUGCAUGAUUUGCAAACCGGCAAAUUUCUUCAGCAGUUACCUCUUGAUAUGGGCACGAUUACCGGAUUUUCUGGAGAAAAGAAGUAUGCAGAAGUUUUUUACCAGUUCACAUCUUUUCUGACUCCCGGAAUUAUUUACGUAUGUGAUCUCAGCCAACCUGAAUUCAAACCUAAGGUUUUCAGACAGAUUGAAGUGAAAAAUUUUGAUCCCUCGCAGUAUGUAAUUGAGCAAAAAUUUUAUCCAAGUAAGGAUGGAACUAAAGUACCCAUGUUCUUAGUUCAUCAAAAGGGCCUGAAGAAAGAUGGCAAGAAUCCAACGCUUCUGUAUGGUUACGGUGGCUUCAACAUCAAUCUUCAGCCAAGUUUUAGUGUCUCUAGAUUGAUAUUUAUUCAAAAUCUCAACGGAGUCUAUGCUAUAGCUAAUAUUCGAGGAGGAGGUGAGUAUGGUGAGAAAUGGCAAAAUGGAGGAAGACUUCUGAAUAAACAAAAUACUUUUGAUGACUUCAUUGCUGCUGGAGAGUACCUAAUUCGGGAGAACUACACAUCGACUCCCUACUUGUCAAUACAGGGAGGCUCAAAUGGAGGGCUCUUAGUAGCUGCAUGCAUUAACCAGCGUCCAGAUUUGUUUGGAGCAGCUAUAAUUCAAUGCGGGGUUCUAGAUAUGCUACACUUUCACAAAUUUACUAUUGGAUACGCUUGGACCUCUGAUUAUGGAGACCCUGAUGAAGAAAAAUUCUUUCACUAUAUUCGUCAGUAUUCUCCGUUGCACAAUGUGAAGUUACCAGGUGAAAAUGUGCAGUACCCUGCCACGCUCCUGCUCACAGCUGACCAUGACGAUCGAGUUGUCCCGUUACACUCCCUCAAAUUCGUUGCCACUCUCCAAGAAACUGUUCGCAACCACCCUGCUCAGAAAAAUCCAGUGCUUAUCAAAAUAGAAACCAAAGCCGGACACGGAGCAGGAAAACCAACAGCUCAAGUUAUUGAAGAAGUAACGGACAUCUUUUGUUUCAUUAUUGAAUCCCUUAAAUUGAAAGUACAAGACUAAGCUUACCAUGCAUUUACGUUUAACAGGUUUUUUUGUCAGCACUUUCUUUUGAAUUGGUAUAACUUUAAUUUCUUGAAUUGUCCACAAUAUUUUAAAGAAAAGUACUCUGUUGUAAACUUCAGCUGUGCAUGAGAGGAGCCUUUUAGUUUGAUGAAAGUAUUGAUUAUGCAAGGACAGCACUGAAAAAUUUCAGUAUUAUUAGAAGAAUUUUUUGCCGACAAGGUAAUUUCAAACAAAAAUCUUUUAAAUCCUUGUCAUUGUAAUGUAUCUAUGAUCGGCGUUAAUAUAGAUGUGGUGCACCUAUUUACAAAAAGUCAUUAGAUUAUUUGAUUUUUCCUUGUUAUUUGGAACAUCGAAAUUGCAAGUUUAAAAAGUCCAAGUUAAGUAAAUAACUUCUCUAGAGCGUCUGAAGUGUUUUUUUAUGAUGUCAUAUCUACUUAAUAUUUAAUGUAAUUUUUUCCAGUAAUGUCCAGGAAGUAAAAAAAAAACUUACCUGUGGAUGACUUAAAUUUAAAGGCACCCCAUUUCCAUGUGAAACAAAAACAGUGAUAUUUCAACUCGGCUUUUACGAGAUUCUCUUAUACAUUUUGGCGUACAACAGAGCAGCCUUUGCACCUGUAUGAUUUCAUUUUUUCAGUAUGACUCCCUCAGGAUAUGCUGUACUUA